CCUGACCGUGCUCCGCCUUCUACCUUUCCCUUCUAAAGAAAAUAAUUAGAAAGGAGGGAAAACUAAAAAGAAAGAAAAUUCAACAAUUUCACCUUUGCAGUUUUAAUCGCCUCCUUAAUGGAGGAGCUUUGAUCUCAAAUAAAUAAAUAGAUAAAUUUCUAAAUUUUGAUGGAAAUGGAGAGAUUGAGCUCCUCGUCGUCAUCCUCGGGAUCAAGCAGCGGAUCUCAAGUCCACGCCUUCGUCCCGAGGCGAUCCGGAGGAGCCUUCUACAAGUUUACGCAACAGAGUUUGCCCACUUGUAAACCUAGUUUGACACCAGUAUCGGUAAUAAUAACAUUUUUGUUGAUGGGCGUUGUUUUUAUACCUGUUGGAAUUAUAUGCCUUCACGCAUCAGAUAGUGUUGUAGAAAUUGUAGAUCGCUAUGAUAAUGAGUGUAUACCUGAAGUGUAUCGAAGUAAUAAAUUAGCUUAUAUCAAGGACAGUUCAAUUUCGAAGAAUUGCUCUCGGACAAUAAGGGUUCAGAGUCAUAUGAAAGCACCAAUCUACAUAUAUUAUGAGCUUGACAAUUACUACCAGAACCAUCGGAGGUAUAUAAAGAGUAAAAAUGAUAAGCAGCUUGUUCGUGGAUUGGAUCAAAAGGACACUAGUACGUGCCAACCUGAAGAGUAUAGCAAUGGCCUUCCAAUAGUCCCUUGUGGGUUGAUUGCAUGGAGCUUGUUCAAUGAUACCUACACUUUUGUUCGUGAAACUGUAGAAAUGAAUGUGAAGAGGAAGAACAUUUCGUGGGAAAGUGACCGCACUCACAAGUAUGGGAAAGAUGUCUAUCCAUACAACUUUCAAAAUGGAACAUUAAUUGGUGGAGCGAGGCUUGAUCCUAGCAUUCCUCUUAGUGAGCAGGAAGAUCUUAUUAUAUGGAUGCGAGUUGCUGCUCUUCCCAAGUUCCGGAAGCUGUACGGCAUAAUUGAAGAGGACCUGGAAGCUGAUGAACUUUUAACUGUCCACCUCACGAACAACUAUAACACUUACAGCUUUGGCGGAAAGAAAAAGCUCGUUCUUACAACAUCAAAUUGGCUGGGAGGAAAAAACAAUUUUCUUGGCUUAGCCUACAUUGUUGCUGGUUGCUUCUCCAUCUUCACUGCCAUUUUGUUUGCUUUGCUUCAUGUGAAAAAUCCCAGGUGA